GGGUUCAAGCUAGCUUUCAUACCUCGCUUCCAAUUGACAAAGCAUUUGGGCUUUACCAUGGACCAAGAAUCCUCGACACCACUCUAUCUUCGACGGGCUCUAGCAAUCGGCCUGGCGCUCACUGCACUCCGUCAAAUCAAAUCCCUCCGUCUAUCCUAUCUGUUUCCAUUCUCGAAUCCCGUCGCCGAUGAAGUCGAUAAAAUGUUCGCUUUCGCGGUGAAUACAAGCACAUUGUUCUUCGCAUGGUGUAUCGCCGAGCCUUCUAUCACCCCCCUCUUCCGAUAACGAAUCUGAACGUAUUGCGCUAUACCCUGGCCGGUCUUAUUCUUUCUCUCACCGUAUGCGGCGAUAGCCCCCUCAAGCGCCUUCUUGCCGGACUCGCGCUCGGGGCAUGUUGGAUCCUUGGAUGGACGAUCACCUCUGUCGAGCAGCGGGCGGCCUAUUGGCGGUUCAUGAGAGACGGGCUAGGUUUCACGCUAAUUAAUCUGUGGCGGAAGGCCACUCUUUAGAGGCUCGUUCUGUUUUGACGGUGUUCUUGGCGAUGCAUGUCGAGGCGGCUGUGUCAAUUCCGUUGGACUUUUUGUUAGUUGGUUGGUUGGAGAGUUAUUUUUGGCCAAAAUGGUGACGUUGUUGGCUUUGGCGCCGGGUAUUUGUCUUGUAGGCGGUUGCGCAGAUCAGUCAUUAUGCCAGUCAGCUACCAAGCUUGCUCUUUCUCUCUUCCUCUCUCUAAGAGAGGUAUAUCAAGUCUCCAGAUAGUAUACUGUAUUGAGGUUAGCAGUUCUUGAACUUUUGU